AUGGCUGUUUUUGGAGUGAAGGGUCCCAGGGGAAAAGUGGUGGAGAAACUAUUCCAAAAAGUGAUUGAAUUGGUGAAACAAGAUGCUGAUACAAACAUCAUUUGGCUGGAGGAUACUGGCACUAUACCUUUCCAAUCGCUAGCAUUGAACUAUGAUGCCGAUGAGCAGAUACUAUCAAGAAUUCAGUACAUCCGUGUAUUUGAUCUAGAAGGAUAUAUCGAUAGUUUCAAAGAGAUUAAGUGCAAGAGUGUAUUGGUUCUCAGUCAUUUUGGUGCAAUGUGUAAAGAUCGAGUGUACCAGGAUGAGACCCCACGAGGGAAUGCCCUUGGCAUGAAUGCAUGGACUGUAGAUCAUGUGACUAGAUAUAGGGCUGUCACCGACUUUUGUGAAAGUGCUCCUACCAGCCUGGUGUACGGAUGUGGUGUCAACCCAAUCUUUUUCAAACGACUCUCUGCCUAG